AUGCGUCAAACUGCUUUUCUACGCCAGUUUUUCCUCCCUCCCACCUCCGUCAAAAUCGGCCGUUUCCUUUGCAACAUCGAUUGCCCACACCAAGAUUACCACGACCCAGCUCUGCAAUCCGCGCCCCCGGUUAUAGAGAAAGUGCAAACCCAGUAUUCCGGCAGCGAGGCCUUGUCCAGCACCAAUACGUUCGCCUCCGACCUCACUGCCCUGCUCUCAACAUGGAUAUCAACCCGCACGGCAGCCGCGAUUCACACCUCUACAAGCCAAGUGAAGACGUACUACCUGGAUAACAGUGAGCAGUGGUUUAGGGACGCAGUCCAGCAAGAAGAAGUUCGGAAAUGGAUAGAGCGGGUUAUCGACGAGGGCGAGUCCAUCUAUCUCGUCGUUGGGUAUCAUACAGUUCUGGAUGCACGGAUCGGGGUGCAGAAGUCGGAGGGGAAGGAGAUAGGUGGCCAGCUGACGGCUCCUAUAUCUGCAGGUUUAAAUGCGUCGGGCGUAGUCGUGCCGCUUGGGGGAUUGGUCGAUCCUUCGGUCGGCGGGUCUAGAGAUCAUAGUGAGAGUCUCGAGAUGCAGUUUGAGGCUCCCGGUGAACAGAUUGUUGCGGUGCAGUAUCGCAAGGUCAAGUUUGGGUUUCUUUCGUCGAGGAAUGUGGAUACGGCGGCUCUUAAAAAAGUAGCUAGGUGGAAGCGUUAUGAUCGUCCCCGAUAUCUACAGAGCGAGGCGGAUGAUAUGGUGGAGGUUGAGUUGGAGGAUCUGUUGGAUUUGGAUGGGGAAUUUGAGGAGCAUCGUAUUGGCUCGGAGACUAUUUUAUUUGCAGCCUAA